GCGAUAAGGAAUCAUUUUUCAAUCGGCGUUCUCAUGGUCUCGGUGUACAUUCAAGGGUUCCUCGCGCUCGCAGCGGUUGCCUUUGCAGCUCAAGAAGCACCCGCGGACGCAAUGACGUUUGGCCGACUUGUCGACUGCGAUGACAACAAGGGAGGUGGCCGCUGGACCAUCAACGGCGGUGGUCGCUGGAACAACAACGGUGGCGGUGGCUGGAACAACAACGGCGGCGGCGGCUGGAACAACGGCGGCGGCUGGAACAACGGCGGCGGCUGGAACAACGGCGGUGGCUGGGGCAAGCGUACUCCCCUGGUCCUCAACCCGGCCCGCAGCCCGGCCCCCAACCCGGUCCGAACCCUGGCCCGCAGCCUGGCCCCCAACCCGGCCCGCAACCUGGACCUCAACCCGGCCCCCAACCCGGUCCGAACCCCGGCCCGAACCCCGGUCCGAACCCCGGCCCGCAGCCUGGCCCCCAACCCGGCCCGCAGCCUGGUCCUCAACCCGGCCCGAACCCCGGACCUACGCCGUGCCCCGACUCCACGACUCCUCCUCCUGACCUUUUAG